GGAGUCUGCGCCGUGCGAAUUAACAAGAAGAAGGUGCUGCAUGUGGGCAGGGCUACCGGUGUAAACAAGCACCGUUUAAAAUCAGAAAUACAAUAAAUAUGCAUCAUCAACUCCACGUAUUGCUGUUGAUUUUUGCUGCCUGAAAAUUGCACUGAGCCAAAAAAGAAAGUUGUUCGUCUUGUUAUGCUCCUUUUCUGGCUCGGCUACGCGAAGUUAAGUCACUUUGUAUUUGGGUUUAUUAAAACGUUUAACUUAUUUGCGCUGCUUAAUCUCGGCGCCUCGGCAAACCUGGAGAGGGGACCAGUGUGACUGGGUCUGAACAGGUCUCUCGGAUUGUCUUGGCCUUUCAGUGCAAUGGUUGAGAACAACGCGCAGCCCCCGGGCGAGCCCGUCGUAUCCCCAGAACCUGGCGCAGGCGGCGGCUUCAUCAUCGGCGUUGUGGAAGGCUUCUAUGGGCGACCGUGGACGAUGGCACAACGGGAGGAGCUUUUCAGGAGACAAAGGAAAUGGGGAUUAAAAACAUACCUCUAUGCACCAAAGGAUGACUACAAACACAGGGUCUUCUGGAGGGAGCUGUAUUCUGUAGAAGAAGCUGAACGACUCGUGACUCUGAUCUCGUCUGCAAAAGAGCAUGGCAUCCAGUUCAUCUACGCCAUCUCUCCUGGACUGGACAUCACCUUUUCUAGCCAGAAGGAUGUGUCCAGUUUGAAGCGAAAGCUAGAUCAGGUGUCUCACUUUGGCUGCACAUCCUUCGCCCUCCUCUUCGAUGAUAUCGACCACAACAUGUGUCCAGCAGACAAGGGCGCAUUCAGCUCCAUUGCACACGCUCACGUGUCCAUCACCAAUAAGGUCUUCCACUUCCUGGGCAAGCCACACCCCUUUCUCUUCUGCCCUACAGAGUACUGUGGAACUCUGUGCUACCCCAGCGUCUCUCAGUCACCGUACCUGCACACCAUCGGAGAGAAACUGGACCCAGGCAUCCAGGUACUCUGGACAGGGCCCGAGGUCGUCUCGAAAGAAAUCUCGUUGCACUCCAUUGAGGAGGUUUUUCAGGUCCUGAAGAGACCCCCAGUGCUCUGGGACAACAUCCAUGCUAACGACUAUGACCCAAAGCGUCUCUUCCUGGGCCCUUUUAAGGGCCGCCCUACGGAGCUCAUACCCCAUCUGCAGGGUGUGCUCACCAACCCCAACUGUGAGUUCGAGUGCAAUUUUAUAGCCAUCCAUACACUGGCCAUGUGGUAUAAAUCAAGGACAGAUGAUGGUCACGGAGAUGUCGUCAUGGCAGAGGGUGAGGACAGUGCUGUAUUGGUGCCGAUUGAACUGGAGAAGCAGGCUAGAGAUGAGAGCCUAGAGAAAGACAUUCCCUACAGCCCAGAGCUGGCCCUUCAGCUGGCCCUCACUGUGUGGCUUACCGAGUUUGCACAGCCUCACAAAUACUACGGGUGCCAUGGACCCCAAAGCGACACAAAGCCCUCCGGGGCUCACACUGCCUCCACCAUUAUCACUACCAUCUUCCAGCAACCCAUCAUGAGCCUGGGGCUGCUGCCCAGCCAGAAGAAGGAGUCUGACGAGGAGCCCAUGGAGAUGGCAGAGGAGAAGCAGGAGGAGAUGGACCGAUUCUUGACGGCGGUGGAGGUUGGCCCUGUGCCCCGAGAGAUGGGGGGUCGCCUGGUGGACAUGCAGCUGGGUCUCACGGAGCAGGCGGUGUCCCUGGCCGACCCGCCCACCCUGGAAGACCUGCAGCUUCUUGUGGAUCUCUUCUACCUGCCUUAUGAGCAUGGACCCCAGGCCAUGCAAAUGCUCAGGGAGUUCAACUGGCUGAGAGCCAACUGUAGUGUGGUCAGCGUCAGCUCAAAGUGCAAGGAGCCCCACAAGGUGGCAGAGUGGAGGACUCGAGCGAAGAUGUUCGGGGGGAUGUGCAGCUCUGUCAUCCAGAUGUUUACCAGGCUGUCCAGCUGCGCCAGCAGGACAAUCCUCUGUGAUCUGUAUCCCUACAUCUGGGACAUGAAGAACAUCAUGUCUGUGGUGAAAGCAUUUGUUCUUUGGUUAGAUGGGAGAAUUCUCAGCACAAGUUUCUACUGCUACUGGAUCGACAACGGUCGAUGGUGUCACAAUCAGCCACCUGAGGUUCUUUUAGGGGGAGACCAGGAGACCUGGGCCUUCAGGGGUGGCCUGGCAGGGGAGUUCCAGAGGCUGUUGCCGAUCGAUGGGGCAGUUGACCUGUUUUAUCAGCCUCCACCCCCUGUACCCACCUCCAAGACGUACAGCAUCAGGCCCUAUGCUCCUCGGGACGAGCCUGCGGUGUAUCGGAUCUGCAGUGAGGUGUUCAGAGAAGCGGCGGGGGACCAGGCUUUCUCAGAGCACGAGCCGGAUCUCAUCGGUGACAGGCUGGUAGGAGGCUUCUUGACCCUGAGCCCAGAAUACAGCUUUGUGCUGGAGGAUGAGGAGGGCAUCUGGGGCUAUGCCCUGGGCACCGUGCACGUCGAACCCUUCUUUAAGAAGUGCAAGAUGUGCUGGAUUCCCAGUAUGCAGGAGAAGUACAGCAAACCCAAGUGUGAGGAGCAGCUGUCUGAGGCACAGAAAAUGAAGCUGAGCUUCCAUGAGGAACAGGAGAGCAUGCCAGAGUCCUUCCUCAGUAGUUUCCCCUCUCUCAUCAAGCUGGAUGUCCACUCCAAAGUUACUGACCCCAGCGUGGCCAAGUGCAUGAUGGGAUGUCUGCUCUCCUCUCUAAAAGCUAAUGGCUCCCAUGGCGCCUAUUGUGAGGUGAGAGAGACGGAAACAAAAAUGGUGAGCUUCUACAACAAACUGGGCUUAUUUGAAGUGGCCAGCAUGGAGGGAUUCCCCAAAGAUGUGAUCAUCAUGGGUCGGACACUGUGAACAUGGUGGAACUCGGGAGGAGUGAUGUGCUUGUAGAUGCCAGCAGAACGUGUUUAUUACCUUUAUAAGAGCCAGGAGAACAUGUAUCCAUCUUCACUGGCUUUGGGUUCGCUGCUGUAGCCUUUUAGAAUAGCUGGAGAGUCGUUUCAAACCCCUGUAUACCUUCCCUGCUUCAACAGUUGGGGGUAUGGCUUCGGGUCACUGGUCCUGUGGCCUGGGGUAAUGAGAAAUGCACACUGCUGCCCUCCACUGGGACAGGGCCAAAUGGGCAGCUGCCUCUGUCCUUGCCCCUCAUGGUGCCUACAGCCAUGUGUCCAGACUCGGAAAGGCCUGGCCUGCCCUGGAUGCACACGCUAAAGGAUAUAGCUGCCAGGGAGAAAUUGCAGCAUCCAUCCUGCAGCUCGCCAGCUAUUCUCAUUUAUGGCAAAGGGGCAAAAUCAAUCCAGAAUUCAGUCCUGAGGUAGAUCUUUGUGUUAAAACGGUCUAAUUUCUGAAUUUAGUGCUUGAUUCAUCGCCUCACAUAAAUAAUUGGGAUGAAAACGCCUUCAAGGUUCUGAUUUAAGUGCUCGAUUCAAGUAUUCCUCUGAACAGACAAUGUAAAGCGGGACAUCUCUGCCCUGAAGACUUUUUCCCCUCUUUGGAAAGAUUUUUUUCCCCCAAAAAAUAGCCUUAAAUUUAAAAUAGAGCUCGGUUUUGGAAAACAAAUGUUACACAGUAUGAAGAUGAGGUUUUUGUGAACAUUUUGAUGUAAUUAAAAAUUUAAGUAAGUGUGCAGAACCCAGUCUUUGUAUUGUAAAACAUUCAUAUUUUUUCACACUUGUGCUGUAGUGCUUGACUUUCACUGUCUCCAUGUCUGUAUAGUACAAUGAUAUUCUUAUGCUGGAGCCACACAGAAAUUGAAUACAUUCAUUUAUUUAGCAUUACCUUAAACAUAGCAUUGAUUUUAAGAUAAAGAAAGAAGAAGAAUCCACUGUAUUGUCAGAAAUCCCCAGUACAUCUUGCCUUGUGGGUUGUGUAAUUAAAUGGUAAAUUAUGUAAUAAAUGGUAAAGCCAA